AUGCUUGCAACGGUUUUCGCAGGUAUUGUCAUUGAUUUGAAGAAACCGUGCUUCGAACCUGGUAAAAGCAACUAUGAUCGCACUAAGAGGAGUCUGUCAAAAUUCAAUCCAGUCAACUUGGAAUUUAUAAUCGCAUGGGAAACUCAUGAUGAGAAAAUUUGCCCAUCAACGAUAGCGAAGUAUUUUAGUGAUAAGGGUUAUACAGUGCAACAGUGUGAGCCACAUUUCAAGUACAGAGUUGAUAAAGGCAUUCCUGUACCUGAACUCGGAGAGACGCCACAACAAGAACUGUUGGAAUGGCUUGGUGCUCACAGCCUCGGUGUUUUCAGGAAAGACAACUCAUUUACAUCAGUAGAAACGUCGGAAUACUUGAGCUCCUAUGCUGCUCCCAACGAUUGCACGAAAUCUGAAAAGACGGUUCUAUUCCAAUGGACUGGAUUUUUCACUAGGAAAAAAAUAUUGGAUCUUUUCAAAAGACUGAGGUGGGUCUUGAAUGAAAACUGUCGGACCGGCUGUUUCCCCGGAUCCGGCGCCGGUUGA